AUGCCUCCGCAGCUCCGCCCUCCUUCCGCCUGCGUCCCAGGCGCGCCGGGUCGUCGACCUGCGCGCUGCACCGGCCUGCGCGCUUUUGCGGACAGCCACUUUGCUCAGCGUGCAGCCGCGGGCUCUGGCUGCCACCGUGAUUCGCCGCCUGGGGGUGGGCGACCCCUCUGCCCCUGCGCGCGCAGCCCAUCCCACUGCGGCGGCGCGCCCUGUGGAUGGAGGGCCAGUUGCCGCUUCAGCCGCAACACCGGCGUGGCUAGCUGCCUGCACGACGUCUGGUUUUGCUCGUGGCGCGUGGACCCGGUUGCUGGAAUGGUGGGAGCCUUCUGCUCCAAGCAACUCGGCCGCCCCUUCACCUCCAGCUACCUCACCUCCGCUGAAACUUAUGACAGCAAUCUAAUCGCCCAACGCCGCCGGCGCGAUAGUCCCCCGCCGCCUGCAGAUACAGCACACCUACAACCGACGUCGCACAUGGAAGACGCUGCCGUGGCCUCGGCGCCGUCCUCCAUCCAGUAA